AGGGAUUGGAUCAAACGAUAACCUCAUACAAUGAUUUUGGAGUCGGUAGAGUACCUCUUCAACCGAAGAAUGUCCGUAUCAAAUUCAGUUGGUCAAUCAGAGAGCACGUCCCGCCCUUUUCCAUACCACAAUAAGUACCGCCAUUUCUAUUCCCUCGACUCUUGUGCCGCUCUUCCACUCCCGGGUCCACUCUCGAGAGUUGGAAGGGAGGUGGAAACCAUAGAUGGAAUUAUGACCAUCCAUUAACACGUUCAUAAGAGAAAAAAAAAAACGAAAAAAACAAAAAUGAUUACGGGUUUACGUUCAUUGUCAUCCGAGCUCAAAUUUCGGGAUGGCGGUAUGGUGUAUACAAGCUUGAGUUCACUCACAUCAAAUGAUUUUGUAAGAAUUUAUUAUCUCGAACAAAAAAGGCAUUGUAAAGCAUUAAGGAAAAAUGCUGGAAUGUUGUCUUUAUCUUGUCCGACAACUUCUAAGCUCAUGGAAGGAUCGUUCAUGAGGAAGAAACAGCUACAUAAGCCUCCUUUGAAGCUUGAGUUUGUGAGAACGUUGUUGAUCGACAACUAUGAUAGUUACACAUACAAUAUUUACCAAGAUUUGUCUGUCAUCAAUGGAUGUUUUGGCAGAUCAUCUCUACGCCUAAUGAAGAACUGUGGAGUGCCUCCUGUGGUCAUACGAAAUGAUGAAUGGACAUGGGAAGAUUUAUGUCAUUACUUGUAUGAAGAGAAGGCAUUUGAUAAUAUUGUUAUAUCACCUGGGCCCGGUUCUCCAACAUGUGCCAAUAAUAUAGGAAUAUGCCUACGUCUACUCCAUGAGUGCGAGGAUAUCCCCAUUUUAGGUGUUUGCCUCGGGCACCAGGCUUUAGGUUAUGUGCAUGGUGCUAAAGUUGUUCACGCAAAUGAGCCAGUCCAUGGACGCCUAAGUGAAAUUGAGCACAAUGGUUGUAGUCUUUUCAAUGGCAUACCAUCUGGGAGAAAUUCAGGGUUCAAGGUUGUAAGAUAUCAUUCGCUUGUAAUAGAUCCCGAAUCGCUUCCCAAGGAACUAAUUCCAAUAUCAUGGACGUGUUCCACAGAUACCCAAUCAUUUCUUGAAAUUAGCAAUGCUUCCUCAAUUUCAGAUGCUCAUGGCAUAGUUUCUAGUGAUUCUAUGUCAGAAGUACAAAAAUCUCUACGUGUUUGGCCUCUCAACAGCCAUCAAAAUAUGCAAAAUGGAAAAGUUCUCAUGGCAGUUAUGCACUCCGUCAGGCCUCAUUAUGGUGUACAGUUUCAUCCAGAGAGCAUUGGGACCUGUUAUGGCAGAGAGAUAUUUAAGAAUUUUAGAGAAAUCACCGAGGAUCAUUGGCUUAACUAUGGACCAUUAGUCACCUGCAAAGAAAAUGUAGAUUAUUCUGGAAAUCAAAUCAGGCUAAGGAAACCUGUCUCUCAAUUAAAUCAUGGAACUUUUCCCAGUAGAAGUAUUGGACAUAAUGGAGUUGGUAAAAAAGGUGUUGGCCUGUUUGAUCUUGUGAAUCUUUCAUAUCCCAGCAAUGGAGUCAAAUUUCUGAAGUUGGCUUGGAAGAAAUAUGAUCAUUUAGCUUCUGAAGUUGGUGGAGCUAGAAAUAUAUUUUAUCAAUUGUUUGGACAUCAUAAAGCUGAAAACACGUUUUGGCUGGACAGUUCCUCGAUUGAAAAGGGAAGAGCACGAUUUUCAUUUAUGGGAGGAAAAGGUGGAUCACUGUGGAAGCAAAUGGUUUUCCAGUUAUCAGAUGAAAGUGGUCAUCCUUUUGAAGGAGGAGGCUACCUGUCAAUUGAAGAUGCUCAAGGAUCAGCAACCAAAACAUUUUUGAAUGAUGGUUUCUUUGACUAUCUAAACAAGGAGCUUUCAUCUUUUCAAUACAAAAGGGAAGACUAUGACGAGCUUCCAUUUGACUUUCAUGGUGGAUAUGUUGGCUACUUCGGAUAUGAACUCAAAAUAGAAUGUGGUGCACCGUACAACCAACACAAGUCCAGAACUCCAGAUGCGUGUUUUUUCUUCGCUGACAAUCUUUUGGUCAUUGAUCACUCUUCGGAUGAUGUUUACUUGUUAUCCAUACAUGAAGAAUGUAAUACUUCUACAUCUUGGUUGGACGAUGCUGAGCUCAAACUUAUGGAAUUGAGAACUUCUGUUCCAGAGAAGUUAAUUGAAGAAAGUUCACUCAAUGUGUCAUUUACUCCGUGUAAGGUCGAGUUUGUUGCCGAGAAAUCGAUGGAGGAAUACAUGAGCGAUGUCGAGAAGUGUAAGCAAUACAUCAAAGACGGCGAAAGCUACGAGCUGUGCCUCACAACCCAAAUUAGGAAAAAAAUUGAGGAAACUGAUGCCCUGAGACUUUACCUCAGGCUCAGAGAAAGAAAUCCGGCACCUUAUGCUGCUUGGCUAAAUUUUUCAAAAGAAGAUAUAUGUAUCUGCUGUUCAUCACCUGAACGGUUCCUACAGUUGAAUAGGGAUGGUGUUCUGGAAGCGAAACCCAUUAAAGGUACUACAAAGCGAGGAGUGACAACAGAGGAAGAUGAACUGCUCAAAAUGCAGUUGCAGUAUAGUGAAAAGAACCAAGCGGAAAACUUAAUGAUCGUUGAUCUUCUAAGGAACGACCUCGGUCGUGUAUGUGAACCGGGUUCUGUUCAUGUUCCACUUCUCAUGGACAUAGAAUCAUAUGCAACUGUGCAUACUAUGGUGAGCACAGUUCGAGGCAAGAAACAGCCAAAUGUAAGCGCCAUUGACUGUAUAAAAGCAGCAUUUCCUGGUGGUUCAAUGACAGGAGCACCAAAGUUGAGGUCCAUGGAAAUCCUCGACUCCCUCGAGAAUUGUCCUCGAGGUAUUUAUUCGGGUUGUAUUGGAUAUAUCUCGUACAAUCAGACAUUUGAUCUUAAUAUCGUGAUAAGAACAGUUGUUUUACAUCAAGGAGAAGCGUCCAUUGGAGCUGGAGGAGCUAUUAUUGCCCUCUCAGAUCCUAGUGAUGAAUAUGAAGAAAUGGUGUUGAAAACACAUGCUCCCUCCAGGGUGGUUAUGGAAUUCUCUUAGAACUUUUACCUUGAACCUCAUCAGAUCUUAGCCUUCAGAAAUCCCCAUAGUUUCCUUUUCCCUCUUUUAUUUGUAUUUUAAAAUAUAUGUCAUAAAAAGAUGUCUUGUAUUACAGAAUAGCAGAACGCAUUCAGUUAUAUAAAAGUUUAUUUUUGUUUA